CCCACCCCGCGCAGACCUCCGCGGCCAGGGCGAGGCCCUGAGGAUGUUUGCGGUUUUUCGGAAGCCCAAGACGUUCAAGCUGCGGUCCCUGCACAGCCAAAAGAAGUUUGGGGUAGCGGGCAGGAGCUGCGAGGAGGUGCUGCGGAAGGGGUGCCUCCUCCUGCAGCUCCCCGUUCCUGGCUCCCGCCUGUGCCUCUACGAAGAUGGCACGGAGCUGACUGGAGAUUACUUCUGGAGUGUUCCCGACAACUCGGAACUUGUGCUUCUCACCGAGGGCCAGUCUUGGCAGGGCUAUGUGAGUGACAUCAGUCACUUCCUCAACGUGUUCCACAAGCCGCACGAAGGGGUCAUCCAGGCUGCCCGGCAGCUGCUCUCUGGCGAGCAGGCCCCGCUGCGGCAGAAGCUUCUGGCCGACCUCCUGCACACCGUCAGUGAGAACAUCUCGGCCGAGACCAGGGCCGAGGACCCGACGUGGUUCGAAGGGUUGGAGUCCCGAUUUACAAGCAAGUCUAGCUAUCUGAGAUACAGCUGCGAGAGCCGGAUCCGGGGCUACCUGAGAGAGGUGAGUUCUUACUCCUCCAUGGUGGGCACGGAGGCUCAGGAGGAGUAUGUGCGGGUUGUUGAUGCCAUGUGCCGGAAGCUCAGGGCUGUGCAGUACAACGGUGGCUACUUCGACAGAGGAGCUAAGGCAGACCGGCUCUGCACGCCGGAAGGCUGGUUCUCCUGCCAGGGUCCUUUUGACGUGGACGACUGUGCGUCUAAACACUCCAUCAACCCCUAUGGUAACAGGGAGAGCCGCGUCCUCUUCAGCACCUGGAACCUGGACCAUGUAAUAGAGAAGAAGCGCACCAUUGUCCCCACGCUGGCUGAAGCCAUUAAGGAACACGCUGGAAGAGAAGUAGACUGGGAGUAUUUUUACAGCCUGCUUUUCACCUCAGAGAAUCUGAAGCUAGUUCACAUCGCCUGCCAUAAGAAAACCACCCACAAACUCAGCUGCGACCCACACAGGAUCUACAAACCCCCAGCAAGGCAGAAGAGGAAGCGGCCUGCGCGGAAGUGCCCGUGACCUGGGUGCACACCUUCCCCACCUCUCGCGGCAGGACAGUGUGUGCCUAAUUUUAACAGGCGCUAAUUUAUUUUGGUC